CAAUGCAGCGCUACUGUCACAACAACACGUCGCCAUUUCACGGAUGGGGGGUCAACUGAAACUCCCGCAAAGUAAUUUACGUCACCGGAGAUAUAGCACAACACACGAACAUUAUCUAAAAGGAAACUGUAAAUGUGGCGAUAUUUGGCUCGGGUGAAUGAGUUGUUCAAGUGCCGGCCGAGGUUGAAGUUGCCAGUGAUCGGAUUUUUAGCCAGCUGUCAAGUGUAAACAUAAGGAUGAAGAGGGUGAAAGGAGAUGAGGACGCCUGCAGCUCUUCCAGCGAGGGCCCAACCGAGUCCUGCAAGAAGGUGCGGAAGCUACAGCCAAGCAAAGAGAAGCACCAAGAGGAGGAGGAAGAGACUGAUGUAGAUCUCUGCGAGUUUGGCUUCGACUGGGCACUGCUCCCUCAGGAGAUCCUGCUCAACAUCUUCCAAUUCCUGCCUCUUCUGGACCGGGCGUAUGCCUCGCAAGUGUGCCGUGGCUGGAACCAAGCUUUCCACAUGCCCGAGCUAUGGAGGUGCUUUGAGUUUGAGCUGAACCAGCCUGCCAGUUCUUACCUGAAGGCAACACACCCAGAACUAAUCAAACAGAUCAUCAAGAGGCAUUCGAACCACCUGCAGUAUGUCAGCUUCAAAGUGGACAGCAGCACGGAAUCUGCAGAGGCAGCCUGUGACAUUCUCUCCCAGCUGGUGAACUGUUCACUAAAGACACUAGGGCUCAUCUCUACGGCCAGACCCAGCUUCAUGGAGUUGCCCAAGUCUCAUUUCAUCUCGGCCCUGACGGUGGUGUUUGUCAACUCCAAGUCCCUGUCAUCUCUGAAGAUCGACGACACACCGGUGGAUGACCCGUCCCUGAAGGUCCUGGUGGCCAACAACAGCGACACGCUGAGGAUGUUGAAGAUGAGCAGCUGCCCUCAUGUCUCCCCUGCAGGUAUCCUGUGUGUGGCGGACCAGUGCCAUGGCCUGAGGGAGCUGGCGCUGAACUACCACCUGCUGAGUGACGAGCUCUUAUUAGCCCUCUCCUCUGAGAAACACGUCCACCUGGAGCAUCUCCGCAUUGAUGUGGUCAGCGAGAACCCCGGGCAGCACUUCCACACCAUCAGGAAGUCCAGCUGGGACGCAAUGCUGCGCCACUCGCCCAAGUUCAACCUGGUCAUGUACUUCUUCCUCUACGAGGACGAGUUCGGCCCCUUUUUCAGGGAGGAAGUCCCCAUCACCCACCUCUACUUUGGUCGCUCAGUCAGUAAGGAUGUGCUGGGCCGCGUUGGGGUCCACUGCCCCCGGCUAGUGGAGUUGGUGGUGUGCGCCAAUGGGCUGCGGCCGCUGGACGAGGAGCUAAUCCGCAUCGCCAAGCGCUGCACCCAGCUGUCGGCCAUUGGCCUUGGGGAGUGUGAGGUGUCGUGCAGCGCGUUCGUGGAAUUCGUGAAGAUGUGCGGUCGGAGGUUGUCCCAGCUGUCCAUCAUGGAGGAGGUGCUGAUUCCUGACCAUAAGUACAACCUGGAUGAAAUCCACUGGGAGGUUUCAAAGCAUCUCGGCCGUGUCUGGUUCCCCGACAUGAUGCCCACCUGGUAGAGCCGUUGAAGGGGGCUGUGGAUUUACUGUACAGAGUUUGACAUACUUUUCUCUUUUUUCCCACCUUGAAACUCUGUCUGAAGCGUCCAUGUUGGCAGCGAAGGAACAACCGAAGAUAAUCGUGUUCUACUUAAAAUGCGAAUUUUUCAGGGAUGCGAUUUUUCCUACUUUUCUCACUGUAUACUCCAUUCCUAUACACUGAACAAAAAUAUAAACGCAACAUGUAAAGUGUUGUUUCAUGAACCGAAAUAAAAGAUCCCAGAAAUGUUCCAAAUGCAUAAAAAGCUUA